GCUCGACCAUGUGGUUCUAAGUUGCGCGAUAUUUCUGUAUAUUUUAUUGUGUAAAGUGUAUAUAAUACGCAAUACGUAAAAAUAGUGGUUACCUGCUAAGCAAUUCAUAAUGGCGAUUCAAGACAUAGAUAUUUGUUUAAACGUAACAGCAGAACCGGUUGUUGCCGCGAAAAAGAAAAAGGGCCAGGUUGCCAAGACAUCAGUUAAAAGAUUGAAGCAUCAAUCUUUGCAAAAAGCGGUGUAUAAUAAAGAAUCGAAAAGAAAUAUGAAUGUACAAAAGACAGGAGGCAAAACAAGAAUUAAACAGAAAUCUCUGCCAGCUAUCUUUGCUAAGAAAUUAAAAGAUUCAACUAGCGUUCAUAACAUACUGCAGCAGUCGCAGAUUUCAUUUCAAGCUAAAAAUACAAUAACUGAAGUUAGAGAGACAGAAAAGAUUAAACAGCCUGAUACAAAAGAUAAGAAAACCUUAAAAUCUGAUGGAAUUUCAUCUGCUUUAAAUUCUGGUGCCACAGAUGAACCAAUAGUAUCUUUUACUAAGACAGCAAAAGAAUACUUUGGUAAAACAUUGCUAGCAAAGAAGAGAAAUAUGUCAGAGAAUAAACAGAAGAAAUCUCUUUCCGACAUAUUUUCAAGUCAAUUUAAGAAUCAGACUCAAUUAAAUAUAAGCACAAUUCAGAAAUAUGACAUUGAUAAAAAUAGUAUAGGAAACAAAGAACCUGAAAUAGUAGUAAUUAAGAAACCAUCUGUGUCAAAAGACAAAAAAGAAAGGAUAGAGCAGGAUAAACAAAAAGAAAAGGUUAGAAAUAAAAAAAUAGUAAAAAAACAUAAAGAAAAGAUUCCAAAUGAUGACAAGGAAUUAGACAAACUUUUAGGAUUAUUGCACAAACCUGGUGGAAAAAUCUCUUCUUUAUUUGGGAAUAACCCCGAUAUACCAACCAUUGGCCAGAGACUUGUAAAACCUGUAAAUGAACCAAUUUUUACAGAAAUUACUUUUGAAAGUCUCAAUAUUCAUCCAUUUAUGAUAUCAAAUUUAGCACAAAAUAUGAAUAUUACAAAGAUGACAACAGUUCAACAGAAAGCGAUUCCUCAGAUAUUCUCAGUUCGAGAUAUUUUAAUAAGGUCUCAGACAGGUUCUGGGAAAACAUUAGCUUAUGCUAUACCUAUUGUCGAAUCAUUACAUAAAAUUACACCCAAAUUAAAUAGAAAUGAUGGUUUGUCAGCUCUUAUAGUCGUACCGACCAGAGAAUUAACCUUACAAACAUAUGAGUGUUUCAUAAAAUUGGUUAAACCGUUUACAUGGAUCGUACCAGGAUACUUAACUGGUGGGGAAAAGAGAAAAGCAGAAAAGGCACGAUUGAGAAAAGGGUGUAAUAUAUUAAUAGCUACUCCUGGUAGAUUAUUAGAUCACAUAAAGCACACGAAAGCAUUGAAAUUGCAUGAGGUUAAAUAUUUCAUAUUGGACGAAGCUGAUAGAAUGCUUGACAUGGGAUAUGAAAAAGAUAUCUCUGAGAUAGUGAGUGCUUUAAAAGUGUCAAGUGUUAAUAAAGAUGAAUCAGGAUAUGAUCCUAUGAAAAUGUUGAAGCAGAAUGUUAAGAAAAUAUAUACAGAUGAAGAUGUCGAAGCUCUAGUGCAGGAAAAUUCAAAGGAAGAAAAUAAUAAAAUAGUAGAAGAUAGUGGUGCACAGAAACAGAUGUAUCAUUCGAGUGAUGAGAGUGAUAAUGAUGAAGCCACUAAUUAUACCGUUCUAGUGAAGAAGAAAAAGAGAAAUACGAAAUAUUCCGACAUGAGUAAGAUAUCCGUUUCAGGAACGGAAAGUACUCGAGAAAUCGAGCAAGAUCGCGAGGAAAGUAAAUCGAGAAGAAAGACAAUUCUACUUUCCGCGACUUUGACACAAGCCGUCGAAAAAUUGGCUGGUCUGACGAUGCGGAACCCGAUUUUCAUUGACGCGGCUAAGGAAAAUUUAGAAGUGAGCGGUGGUGAUAUCAGUGAGGUCAACGAGGAUUUAGUAGUGCCACAAAGUGUAACCCAGAGUUAUAUAGUCAUUCCAUCUAAAUUAAGAAUGGUCACUCUGAGUGCUUACAUCGCUGGGAGAUGUCAGGCUCCCGGGCAACAUAAAAUAUUGAUCUUCAUGGCUACGCAAGACAUGGUAGACUACCAUACUGAGAUUCUAUCGUCAGUCCUUACGAAACCGAUAAACGAUGAUGACGAAGACUCCGAUCCGUUGGUUGACGUGGAAUUCUUUAAGCUGUAUGGCAAUAUGACGCAAAAGGAGAGGACGAAAGUUUUUAGCACAUUCAGGCAAGCGGAAAGCGGAGUACUGCUGUGUACGGAUGUCGCGGCGCGAGGAUUAGAUAUGCCGAAGGUAGAUUGUGUCGUUCAGUACACGGGUCCGAUCUCGGCUAGGGAUUACGUUCAUCGAAUCGGUAGAACCGCACGUGCCGGAUCCUCCGGCACAGCCACGAUCUUUCUAACGCCCUCGGAGAUCGAGUUCGUGCGGAUGCUUGAGUCGAGACGCAUCAGAAUCAAGCAGGAGGACAUGAACGAUGUCUUAGACAAGUUGGUGGGACCUCUCUCUAGGCACAAUUCCAUUCAGGCGGCGGCUACCGCUCUUCAAAACGAUUUUGAAAAUCUAAUAUUGGAGAAUCGGCAACUUAGCAUGAAAGCGUGCAAAGCGUACGCCUCUUGGGUACGUUUCUACUCGAGUUACCCCCGCGACAUGCGCGAGAUAUUCAAUCGGAAGGAGCUUCAUUUAGGUCAUUAUGCGAAGAGUUUCGCACUGAGGGAUCCGCCGCAUCGAAUCGGCGGAAUGGGUAAGAAGCUGCGCGAUGAGGAGAGCUCGACGCCCAAGCACAACAAUCGACUGUCGAACAAACCAUCCGACGGGAUGUCGCAAAAGGAACCGAAGGGUCAACACGGCAAGGGGCAAAGAACAGGGUUACUGAAGAAGGUCAGGAUGCUCAAUACCUCCGAGUACGAUAGCGGCCUCGAACCCCUGAAGAAGCCAAAGAAGUAAUCCGGAGCUUCGCGCUGACACGUUGUAAACAAAAUCAGAUUCACGCCUUGUAAAUACGCAUUCGCACGAUUUUAUCUCUUUUGUGGCACUUUAAACAUUUUGUUACAAUAUAUUAAAUUUUUUAAUUUCUC